UCUCCCCAGCAACGAGGAAUGCCUUGUCUUCAGGUCCGCUCGGAGAAAAAGUACAGAACGCGAGUACGGAACGAAGUGAAAAACGAGUCCGGUUUAAGGAGUAAUCUGAGGCUGACCUUCACUUUCCCGGUGGUUCCAUUACUCGCCGUGAGGUUCUGUUCGGUUAGGCGUAGAAAGCGGUCGGCUGAAAACAUCCAGUGAAUUCAAUAUAACUGCGCACCUGCCGACAACAUGAGUCACGCAAACGCCGGUUUGCUUUCAGCCUAUAACAGUCUCACAGACAAACACCUGGCUGGGUACUUUAACAACACAAGGAUCAGAAGGCACCUUCAAAGAGCUGGACUGAUUACUCGAAGCGGGACUAUUGUUCCAGACAAGGAGUAUAGGCAAAAGCUGAUGAGGAGAGAUCACCAAAGACAUGUCCGGGAAUGCCUGGCCCAGGCCAUCUUCCACAAGGUGCUGGAUAUUGAGCGCCACCACCAGAUACAAAUCAAAAGAAAACUGGAGGACUUUGCUCGAAAGGAGCGCGUGCAUAAAAUCAAGGCGGAAUGUUCCAAAAGACACGAUGAAGAUACAAUGCCCAUGAUAUCUCCAAGGCCGCCUUCGGGACCCAAGAACAGUCACACUCGGAAUUCCAUCCCAGAAGCGGAGCAGUCAGAGUCCACCGAAUCACCCGCCUCAUCCCGACCCAACACGGCUCCCGGGAAGAUGCACCGGCCCGUCCGUCUCCGUCCUCUCCAUAGCAACAGCACCACCGCCUCCACCCGCAGGGCCUCUCACUGCUGCAGGCACAAGGACUCCUCCGACGAUGGAGAAUCAUGCUUCUGCAGCACACUGGACAAGGAUACGAUGAAAGUCGUAACCAUGCCGGAGUUUUCCAGCGGAGUAUCCCCUUACCGUCUUCCUGUCAUCAACAACUAUGUCACCCCGGUGCCACCUCCAGCCAAGCGGAAAGAGAGGAGCUUCAGAGCAGCUCCCAGAGGAAGGACCAGGGGCAGGAGUCUGCGGCCUACCACAGCCCCUAACGGUCCUGCAGGCACAAGGGACUCUGGAUUCCACAAGACCACGAUACACAGCAACGUGUCGGUGACCAUGACAUUCUACGGAAAAGCGGUCCACCUGACCAACGACGCCAUCGACCUGAGGGACGAGGUCAAGGUCUUCCAGCAGCACUGCGGAGGGGAGAACGUCUGUGUCUACAGAGGGAAGCUCAUGGAAGGAGAGUCCUUCCAGUUCGUCUCCAGACGGCACCUGGGCUUCCCCUUCAGCCUCACCUUCUUCCUGAACGGCUUGCAGGUGGAUCGGCUCAGCUCCUGCUGUGAGUUCCGCCACCGCAAGGGGUCCCGGCUGGGAGGGAAACAGGGCCACUUCGGAUUCAUCAGUGUGGACGGGGCCUCUCCCUGCUACAAGUGUAUCAUAGCAAUGGGGAUGGACAAAAAGCCCACCCCUCCUCCAAAGAGACCCAAGGAUGCAGAGACCGGGAGCCCUGCAGGUACCAUACCGGCUAAGGAGGAGGAUGUGACGCAGGACAGCCAGGCCCCUGCAGGGGAGACGUACAGCCAGGAGCAGGAGCAGGAGGAGGAAGAGGCCAUGGUCACAGAAGCUAAAGAGGAACCGGCUGAGGAGGCCCAAGAUGACUAUGAGGAAGACUUUGAAGCUGAUGAUGAGAGAGGGGAUGAAGAGACGGAGGAAGCCAAAGCCGAGACAGUUACGAAUUCGGCACCCCCUUCCCCCACCAAAGAGGGGAAAGACUCUCACACUGACAGCCAAGAGGCAGAAGAGGAAGACCACCACGAGAGCAAGGACGACAUCAAAGCGAAGGACUCUGACGGCAAGCCUGGAAAGGAAGAUGAGGCUGGAGAGAAGAACUCUCCGUCCAGCUCUUCCGGGAGUGUCUCUCUGUUCUCGAGCAACAGACAGCAAGAACCUGAGAGCGAGGGGGAGGAAGUCAAGGAAGCCAUCGAAGACAACAGAGUCAGCCUUUCCUCGAAAUCUGUUGACCGAGGAGAAUCAAGAGACGCAGACAGAAGUGGCCAGAAUUUCGAGGCGGGCGAGAGAGGAGACACCACGUCACCUGCAGCGGGAGAGGAGCUGCCGGAAGAGCAUCUGGAAGCAGAGGCUGCUGGGGAAGUGGAAGUCCAGUCCACCGCACACUCUCCACUGGAGGACAAAGAGGACCCUGUCCCCGCCCCUGUGGAGGGCUCCGAGCAAGUGGAGCAGGAUAGUGGAGAAACGGAGCCUCCGAGGGCAAAGUCCGUUCAGGAGAUUAUUGCCACUGCCAUAACAAAGGAGGCCCAGGACAGCUCAGAACCAGAACUGAGUGACACCACUACUGACGAAGAUGAGGAGUCUGUCACAGCAGUAGACAGCACCCAGCAGCUGAACCACACCAGUGAAGGUGCGGAGGAAGCAGCAGCUGCGGUGUUAUCACUGCAACAGCCAGCUGAAAGAGAAGAGGGGAGUAAUGAGGACAAGGCCGUAAACAGCGAUGAAGCUGCAGCUGAUUCAGCCGUGGAGCAGGCUGAAGGGGAGGAGCCUGAGAAGGCAAACACGGAAGUGGCCAGUCUACAGGAGGAGCAGGAGACAGGAGGCAAGCCAGAACCGGACCCAGAGAUAGAGGAGGCCUCUGCAGAUAAGGAAGGGGAUGGAUCAGAGACGGGGGCCGGUGAGCCUCAGACCACAGCAACAGCGAGCGAGACCCAGGCAGAGUCUGAGGAAAAGGCACAGGAGGGCAGAGAAAACGUGGAAGCAGGAAUCCCAGAGACAGAGCAGACCGGAGAAGGGGCAGAGACAGGGGCUGGUGAGCCGGAGACACCAGCACCAGCGAGCGAGACCCAGGCAGAGCCUGAGGAGAUGGCACAGGAGAGCGGAGAAAAAGAAGAAGCUGGAAACUCAGAGACAGACCAGACUGGAGCAGAGAAGGCAGAGGAGACUGUAUCAGAGGAGGCAGGUGCAAAGGCAGGAGAGGAAGAUGGGAAAGAACCUGACUCAGAAGCUAUCGAGGCCCUGGCUCAAAUGCUAGAGAGCACGAUGCUGGUAGCGACUGAUGGGAAAACAGAGGAGGGUGAAAUUCCUGCAGGUAAGAGUGACUCUGGGGCUGAAGAAGAGAGCAAGCAAGAAGAGGGUGAAGCGGAGGAAAAGGUAGCGGACGGCACCGCAGUGACAGAGGCUGACGACCCUGAUGAGACUACUGAAUCCCACGUGGAGAAACAUCGUGUGAUUGAGGAGGACACUGGUGAGGAAGAGGAGGCUGUAGCAAGGGACGAUGGGACUGAGGAACGUGUGGAGGAUGCACCCACAGGGGCAGAUACUGCAGCAGAGGAGAGUUCAGGUCCCACAGAAACCACUGACGUCAACCAGGACAGCAAAGAAGUAGAGGAAGAGACAAAAGAGGAGGAGGAGAAAAUCGAGACUGAGGCAGAGGGGGCUCAAAAGGUGGAGGAAGGAAAGGAUGAAACUGAGGGAAAGAUCACAGAGCCAGGUGAGGGCACUGAGGAAAUGGCAGAGGCAGUUAAAGAUGAAGCAGGUGAGGUGGAUGAAGUUGGUGAAACUGACAAUGGAAAUGAACAGGCUAAGCAAGACGAAGGGGACAAGGAUGCUCCAUCAGAGGAAGCAGAGACCAAGGUGGAAGAUGCAGGAUCUGCAAAUGACGGGAAACAGGCAGCCGAAGAGAGCAAUGGGGCAACAGACGAUUCGGGAGAAACAGGAGAACUUAAUGAAAAUGAGGAAAUAGUGGUGAAAGAAAUAAUGGAUGAAACAGAGACAGAAAACAAGGAGUCUGUGGUGGAAGAGGAAAGGAAUGAAACAAGCAAUGAAAGCAUGAAUGGUGUUGAAAAAGCAGAAACAAGCCAAGAGGUGGAAACAGAAGUGAAGGAGAAUGAGACAACUGAACAACAGAUUGAUGGAGAGAUUAAUGUCAAGAAGGAAGACGUGGAAACGGUGAGCGAGGAGGUGGAGGAAAUACAAGCAUCAGUUGGAGAACCAGACCCUAAGGAUGAAGAGGGAGACAACAUCAAGCCUGAACCUGAAACAGAAAUACAGCAACCUAAGUCGGAGGACGACGAAGAUGAGAGUAAGUCCCAGGUUACUGUGGAAGAGCCUGAAGCAAAUAAAGUUCCUGAUGCAGCGGAAAAGGAGGAUCCAGCUGAAGUCGGGGAGACCAGCGUUGGCGAGGAAGCGGUCAAGGGUGAAGAUAACCCAGAGGAAACGCAUGCAAAGAAUGAAGAGACAGAUGCAAAAGACGGGGUGGCUGUCAGGGACACUGAAUCAGAGGGAGAGGUUAAGGAAAGUCAGGUAGACGUUAGGGAUACUGAGACAGAGUCUAAACAGGAGGAGGAAGAGGAGACACCAGUGGAAGCAGAACCCAAAUGUGAGGCGGUUGAUAAGACUGAGGAAGAACAGACCACAGCUGAAAAAGCAGAGAGUGCGUCCAGUCCUACAGAGAUGGAAAUAACAUCAACCACAGUAGAGGAGGUUAAGACUCUACCAGACGAGUCUCAGGAAAAGACUGAAGGGACUACUUUAGAGGCAGACCAGGCUGGUGCACCAGCAGAGGAGAGGGUGGCUGAGAGAGAGGAUACUGUGGGCCAGUCAGAAGGAGAGGAAGCAGCAGAAUCCACAACGCCUAGUGAGACAGUGGCCGUUUCUGAAAAGACUGAAACAGAAUCCAUGACAGUGAAUGAGGCAGAAGAGAGUGAGAUUCAGAACACCGAGGCCGAGGAACAGGCAGAGAAGCAGGAAGCAGCUAAUGACAUGUCAGAUGAAAAUGAGAAAGAUUCUGAAACUGAGUUGGAGAUGUCAGGAGAUGGUACCGUUGUUAAGGAUGAUACAGGCAGUAAAGACGAGGACCAACAGAUCAAAGCUGAGGAAGAGAUUAAAGCAGAAUCAAAGAUGGAAGUGAGCAAAGCAGAGAGUGAAGAGAAAGAAGCCCAGCUGGAGGAAAGUGCUGAUGAUGCAAAAGAGCUGGGAGCUGCAGCAGCGGUUAAGUCAGACAUCACAGAGACUGAGCACGAUCUUAAAGCGGAUGAUUUGAUUGGUGGUCUGGCACAGGAAUUUGAUCAUCCUCAUAAAGCACCUGACGAAGAAAUUCAGGGCGUGGAUCAAAGUGUAACUGAAUGCAUAGUAGAGGAGCUUAAAGCCGAGAUGGAACAGGCUGGGAUUGACAUGGACAUGAAAGAUUCACAUGAUCAAGUGAAUCUUCCAAGUUCUUCAGACGACACAGAAAAGAGAGCUGAGGCCAGCGAGACCACAGGCAAUGAAGGCGUGGGCAUCUUAUCCAACCUGGGAAAUGCCAAGGUUGAAAUGAAGGGUAAAACAGAGGAAUCCAUGUCUGAUGGAGCUGAAGACAAAUCUGAGGAGGAUGUGAAGAAAAAUGAUGAUGCUAAUGAGACCACUGAAGCCAGGGAGGCUACAUGUGACCCUGAAUCUGAAUUUCAACCAGUAAAAUCAGAUGUGGGUCUCCACAACAAGAGCAGUAACUCGGGGAGGGAAGAUGGAGCCUCUGGGGAGGAGAUCAAGUCUGAAGCUGAUGAUGAUGUGGAAAGUCAAGUAGCUGAAGAAGAUCCUGUGACUAGUGUUGCUGAUGUCCACCAGGUUCCAGAGUACUUUGAGACAUCGCAUGAGGUAUCAGACGACAUAAAGGACAGUCCAUUGAGUGAGAGAGGUGUAGCAGAGCAAAAUAAUGAAACAAGAGAGGUAGAAACUGGAAAAAACUUGACAGGAUCUGACUCUUCCCUGAAAGGGACCUCAGAGACAAUGGACAACAUUGCUAAUGUUGAAGAAGAACUCCGAAUAAAGGAGGAGGAGUCCAAAGACAAACCUCAGUCUGUGAGCUCUGAAGAGGAGCCAUCAGAAUAUAAAUUAAAGGGAGAUGAGGUCAGAUACGAACCUAAGAGCAACAUGGAAAAGGUAUUGGAACAAAAGGAUCAACAGACUACUCACUCAGAGCAGGAAAAUGUGGAAGAAUUUAAGAGCACAAGCCCUGAUUCAACUCUUGAGACAGGAGAAGGAGAAUCUAUUGUCACGGAAGAAAGGUCAGAGGUGAAAGAGGGUGAAGGAGGAGCAGCAGUUGAAGAUAAAAACGAUCUGGAAAUCAGCACUAAAACAGAACCGAGCAGGGAAGACACCUCAAGUUCAGACUCCCUUUCCAGAUCAGAGGACAACGGCAGGAGCAGCAGAGCAACAUUUCCCCCUCCUCUCACAAAGGGUCACAGAAGUUACAAACUAACAGUGGCAAGGGAGAGGCUAAGCCUGCAGUCCUUUGCAGCGAAUGACCCUGAGCUGGCGAGCCCACUUGAAUACACACGGACAGCAGCGGCUAUCACAGGGAAUGCCUAUACCGUUUCAAAUCAGAACCUCCAGCGCAUCAGCACACAGGACAUAUGAUCCCAAUACCUAUGGUACAGAAAGUGGAUCCAUGAGGAUGGACUCUCAUCUACUGGCCUUUCAAG